UUGAAAAAAACUUGUAGAGUAGAGAACUGUCAAAAGUUGAACGAAAAUAGAAAGUUGAAGAAUUUGAUGUAUAUGGUUUUUCAACUCUAUUACGAAUUAAAAAGUUGAAACAGUUUUAAGUUCAUAAAUUCAACACAAUUUGAUAUUGUAUUGAAGUAUACCCAAACUUAAACGUUGAAAAGAUUUAGUGCGUCUAUUUCGCACAAUUUCUGUGAUAACACUGAAUCUUUCGAAACGUCAACAAUCAAUAGAAUUCUACACAUUUUGAAUUUCUUUAGAACACAGAUAUUCGAAGCAAAGCGUCCGAUUCUGUUCUUCAUUGAAGAAAUGAAACACUGAAUACAUUUGAACUUUUAAUUUGUUGGUGAAGAACCUGAGAAUGAAUAUGGAAAGAAACCUUAAAGUCCGUAACCGCUCUCCAGAACCUAGGUCAAGGAAAGAUAAUAUCCCAGGACCCUUGCACAAGCGAGCAACUGGCAAAGAACUUAGUCAUAAAGAUAAGAGGAGCAGUGCAGAGUUAGAUGUUGUAAGUAGUCUUCUGAAACUUUCAUCUCCAAGAAAUUCUGGAAGGAAAUCUGAUAUCUCUGAUUUAGGAAGGAAAUAUGAUUCAAGUACGCAAUCAGAUCGUAAUGCUGCUUAUGGCUUACUGAUGCUAUCUGCUUCUGGAAAUAAUGUUUUAGGUAAUUCAUCUACUGCAGAAGAAUCACAAGACAUACGUGUGAUUUUGAAGAAUCUUCAUCAUGACCAUAAUUAUGCAGUUAACUGCUUCCAAAUUGGCCACGGCUUGUGAAGCUGUAGGUACAUUGUUUUCUUCAGGACAUUCUUCAUCAUCGCUGCUGUCCGAAAGUGAUUUUUGUUUGUUUUCUUGAAUCAUACAUACAAUAUCAUUGUCUGUCAAUGCUUCGCAUGUUCUAGCAUCAUCAUCUGCAGUCAGAAAAUCGUCAGGACUGACUUCGUUUGGCACUGAUGUUUCUUUUGUCACAUGUUCCCAUAAAGUCUGCAAAUCAAUGAUAACAUCAUUAAUUUCAUCGACUGUUUCAUUGUCAAUUGCCGAGAUUAAAUUUGCUUUCUUCCAUCCACUACAGAUGACUUUUUGGCUAAUGUCUUUCCAUGCUCCAGCAAUCAUACCCAUUGCUUGCUUUACAUCUGGUUUCGUAAUUGCUUCUUUGUUUCCGAUUUGCACAAGCAUACGCCUCAGAAGUUGUGUUCGAUACUUUCCCUUUACCACUUUAAUUAUACACUGGUCAAGAGGUUGUGAAACUGACGUACAAUUAGGAGGAAAGUAUUCGAUGUGAAUACAUUCCAAUUUUGGUGGC